AAUACAAUCAUAAACUAUUCGGUCGACAUUUCAACAAAUCGCAAACAUGUUUGCUUUAAAUUGUUUGAUUUACUGUGUCAUCAUCGGUUCGGUGAAUUGUCAUUUUAAACUCAGAAAAGAUAUCAAGAGUCUCCAAAGUAUAACGGACCAGCUGACAGAAGUUGAAGGUAUUUUGAAAAUACAGUUUAAUAGUACAAGGGACAAUCUAACAAAUAUGAUAAAUAACGCUCUCAAAGAAGAUUCGGACAGUAAUGAAGACGAUGAACUAAGCAGCGAAGGGCUAGAAAGAAGGCUUGCAAAUCUUGAGAGAAGAAUUGCAUCGAUUAUUCAAAAGGUGAUGGCUGGGAAAGAGAAAGAAGGUAAACUGAGACAAAGUACGGCAGCGGUGAUUGAUGAAAUGGCUGACAAGGUGGUUUCAACCGAUGCCUUCAUUGUUAAGCUCAAAACAGACAUUGAAGACCAACUAACCACGUUUGAUAACCGUAUCCAGAAAGCUAACAAGACAGCGCACGUUAAGAUAAGCUCUAUGGGUGGACUUAGGUACGGUGGAAUCGGUACGCCCUGCUCCAGUGACAGUGGCGAGUGCGUCACGCCGGAAAGCGAGUGUCGCGCUGACAAGUGUCAGUGCCAUCUCGGUCUAAGCUACAGCCAUGGUGAAGGCACGUGUGUACCAUCCUGUGACGAAUACGGCAGCACAUACCAGACGUCCCCGAAUCGCAUCAUCCGCGGUUACAACGAUCUUCACCUGAACGAAACAUCGCUUGCACAGUGUUCAACGCGCUGUUCUACGGAGGAAGCAUUCGUUUGUCGAUCAUUCGACUACUUUCCGGACUGGAGACAGUGUUACCUGUCCCGCCAUGUGAAUACGGACGUGGAUGAGUCCGCUUGGGAAUACAAUGGAGCUGGUUACCACUUUCAGCGAGACUGUGUUUAGACAAACUUCGAUUGACGGGCAGUGUGUGUUUUCUCAACUAGUCAAUCAGCGAAUGUAUCAAGUGUAAUGGACGAGAUUUAAUCUAAGUCUGAAGAGCAUUCUACUUCAAUACUUCCGAUGUGUAAGCUUGAAGAAAACAGUGAUUUGUACUAACAGACAAAAACAUUUUAAAUUAUUUUAUAUAGUUCUUGUGUCAAUUUUUUUAGACCAUCGAAUAUCUUAAAUUUCUUUUUAUAUUUCUUUGAUAAUAAUUAUCCCCAAAUAAUGCUUUGCGAAAAGGCAAUUUGCGAGUAGGGUACAGUAUAUUGCAAUUAUACGUAGUAAAUAUGUUCAGAAAAUGGUGUACAUGUUUUAACAAAUGAUUGAAAUUCAAAAAUCAUGCUUGACUAUGAUAUUCUUACAGCAAAAAAGAAUAAUGAGAAAAGGCAUUAGCUUAGCUAGUUUUAUGCAUCCUGACAAAAGAAAACAAACCAUCUCAUUGGUUGACGAUAUGAACACUGCCUGAUUGUUCGAGACAAUAAACCAUGUUGGAAACAAGUAGUGUAUAUCAGUAUAUGCUUUCCGGUGGAUUGUAAAGAUUUCGUCAGUAACUUGAAUAAAAACACACUAUGUUU